UAUCAAAAAAAAAAAAAGUGUGAAAUACAGAGUAACUGAGAUCUUCUUCAACCUAUCUUCUUCAACCUAAUUUCAGUUUUCUGGCGGAAAAACUUUGAUACAAUCAGCAAGUUUGCUUGGGAAACGUGAAUAUUAGAUUGAAAUCUCGUUUCGCAUUCGUUUCCGGGAUGAAUUCAGUUUCAAACACGUCUCCAUUUUUCUGAAACGGUUUCGGCGCCCGGUUUCCCCGUUCCAGGACGUUUCGGAAACGGUUUCCAUAAGAGGGGGGAAUGGGUUCAGUAGUUGCUGAUAAGAGGGCGUCAGAAAAUGGGCAGUGUUCUUUGCUGGUGUCCCCGCCAAGAUACACGCGGCGGAAAGUCUCAGCGAUCCGUGAUUUUCCCGAUGGAUGUGGCCCAAAUGCUGCAGGAAUUAGCCUACAGAUGAAGGAAGUGGGAAGCAGUGGGCAGAAAGAGGGCGGUGCUUUGAAAAAUGUAGAGUGUAACAUGAAAAUGGGUAGAGAUAUUCGUGAAGAGGCGGAGAAUGUACUUCUGGAAGAAAAAGUUGAGUCUCAAAGUCAUGAUAUUCUCUGCAUCAAAAAAAACAGUCAUGAUAUUCCAUUCUGCCCAAUUGCAAUUGAACAGGAGAAAUACAGUGUGGUGAAAUGUGCCGAAGUGGCGCGUGGAAAUGAAGAGUUUUUGAAGCUGCCAGUUGACAAUCCUAAGUCAUCUCUAGUCUUGCCAAACAUGGAUGAGGAAAAAGAAAUCCAUGGAACAUUAACAGAUUUGAUCGAACGAAUUGUAGAGUCACGUACUGCACCAAAGGUUACUGCUGAUCUUGAUCUCAAAGAGUCUGCACAUGCUAUUGAUAACAAAAUGGUGGAUAAGGGAACUGGUGUACAGCCUUGUUCAUUACCACAUUAUCCGAUCCCUCCAAAUCUUGUUUGGAAGGAACCUAAAUAUCCUCCUCGAAGAAAAGUUUCUGCUGUUCGUGAUUUCCCUGUUGGUUGUGGGCAUAAUGUGACAACGCUUGGUGAUAGAAAGGAAAAACAUAUUGGUCGUGGGGAACCAUUUUCCAAGAUUGACAAAGCUGUUGUGCAUAUUGAUGCAAAUCUAGUUGGAGGAGAGCUUGAAGCUGAAGUUGCCUUUGAGGACAGGGUAAAAAUCGUACAAGGUCUUGCUUCUGGAAAAGGUAGGGAUACACUAAAACAUUUUUCUGAUAAAGCUCCUUCAUUCAGCAAAACUUAUGGGAUUAGGGGACAAGAAGAAAUUUCUGAAGUUAAAAAUGGUGAACAGCAUGAAGAGGACAUUGAACAAUUAGAAUAUAACGGAAUAGGUGAGAGAAAUACAGGAAGGGUUCCUGAUGGACCAGACAAACAGAUUGUGGUUUAUGUUAAGGAUAUAAAUAAGAAGAAAAAGUCAACUGGUGUUCCCUGUAAUGUUGGACUGCAAGAAGAGUGCAUAGCAGGCUCUGGAAGUGGAAAGAAGAUGGUUAUUGUUCAAGGUCUUAUGUCUGCAAUUCACUGCCCGUGGAGUCAGGGGAAAGGAGCAGUUAAAACCAUGUCAGCUGCGGCUAGUGUAAAGAGAAAAAGAGGGAAGAAGAGUGCUGUUUCUAUCCAAGAUACCCGCAAGUGCUCCCCCAAUAAUAAAAGCAAAGAUGAUACAAAGGGCUUGGCGGAAAAAGGUAUGAUGAUGAUACCUUAUCCCGAGGAGGGCGUGGACGGUGUUUCUAGGCCACUAAAUAUCAUAGACAAUAGUGACUCUUCUGAAGAUGAUGACCUUAAUAAUUUUCAGUUGCUUCCAAGAGAUCAUCCAGGUGAUGUUAUUUUUCAUGCUUGUGGUCUUAGUUCUUCGGGUGAGAAAGGUAUGCGCACUAAGGUACGAGAGACGUUGCGAUUGUUCCAGGCUGUUCACAGAAAGUUAUUGCAAGAAGUAGAAAUAAAGUCCAAGGAUCGAGAGAAUGCCAGUAAGAGGACUGAUAUACUUGCUGCAACGAUGCUUAAGAAACGUGGAAAAUAUAUUAAUCAAGAGAAAGGAAUUGGGUCUGUUCCUGGUGUAGAAGUUGGCGAUGUGUUUAACUACCGCAUAGAGCUCAAUAUGAUUGGGCUUCAUUCACCUCUGCAAGGUGGUAUAGAUACUAUAAAAGUUGAUAAUCAACCUAUUGCAAUCAGUAUUGUGGCUUCAGGAGGUUAUGCUAAUGACGUGGACAGCUCUGAUGUAUUGAUAUAUACUGGUCAGGGAGGAAAUGCUACAGGUGGAGAUAAGCAGCCUGAAGAUCAGAAGCUUGAACGAGGGAAUUUAGGGCUGAAAAACUGCAUAGAUAAAAGGACUUUGGUAAGAGUUAUUCGAGGGUUUAAAGAGAUAAAGCCUGCAGAGACUUCAGAUGGAAGGCCAAAGAAUGGAAAAUCAAAAACGAUAGCAACAUACACUUAUGAUGGACUAUACACUGUUGAAAAAUACUGGCACGAUCUUGGUUCCCAUGGAAAGUUGGUCUACAAGUUCGAGCUGAAAAGAGUUCCAGGUCAACCAGAGCUUGCUUGGAAGGAAAUGAAACAGUCAAAGAAAUUUAAAGCACGUGAGGGUCGUUGUAUAGCUGAUAUUUCUGAAGGUUUAGAGGAGUUUCCAAUAUGUGCAGUGAAUACCAUAGAUGAUGAGAAACCGCCAUCGUUUACAUAUAUUACAAGCAUGAUGUACCCUGAUUGGUGCCGGCCUAUACCCCCUAAGGGCUGUGAUUGUAAGAGUGGAUGUUCAGAUUCAGAGCAUUGUACUUGUGCCAUUAGGAAUGGAGGGGAUAUUCCAUACAAUUACAGUGGAGCUAUUGUUCAGGCAAAAUCCCUUGUAUAUGAAUGUGGACCAUUGUGCAAGUGCCCUCCAUCUUGUCACAAUAGAGUCAGCCAACAUGGUAUUAAACUUCCUCUCGAGAUCUUCAAGACUGAUUCUAGGGGAUGGGGUGUUAGAUGUCUAUCUACAAUUCCAUCAGGUAGCUUCGUAUGUGAAUAUAUAGGAGAGUUGUUGGAUGACAAGGAAGCUGACAAAAGAACUAGCAAUGAUGAAUAUCUAUUUGAUAUUGGGCAAAACUAUAAUGAUUCUACUCUUUGGGAAGGACUUUCAGCUGUCAUGCCUGAAAUGCCAUCAAGUAGCGUUGAUGUGAUAGAAAAUAUUGGUUUUACCAUUGACGCGGUGAGGUAUGGGAACAUCGGGAGGUUUAUCAAUCAUAGCUGUUCUCCUAACCUCUAUGCACAGAAUGUCCUUUAUGACCAUGAGGACAAGAGAAUUCCCCACAUAAUGCUGUUUGCGGCAGAGAACAUUCCUCCUCUACAAGAGCUUACGUAUCAUUACAAUUAUACUAUAGAUGAGGUUUUGGAUUCCAAAGGAAAUAUUAAGAAAAAGAGUUGCUACUGCGGCUCCACGGAGUGUAGUGGUCGACUGUAUUGAUGAACUCCUUCAACUUGCCUUUUCACUGUAAAAAUUGAACAUACUGGUUGCUUUCUUCAACGUUGGAUCACUUUUAGUCUGCAAUUUUCAGUCGUAGCUGCGUUUUCAUAGGACUUUUGUUUUUAUUUUAGCAAAAACGAAGAACUACUCCAGUACUACAGAAAGAGAUUUGAUUGCUUCUACAAAGAGUUGUUAUAGAUUCAAUUUUCGCUUUUCUGUCUGUACUGCUCUAGUUUUUCCUCCGGCGUUGGAGGACGAAGUUGACUAUAACUCGUUGCAAGCUUGCAACUACUUUUCUUUGGUGCAAGAUCAGCUUUAGAAAACAGCACUUUUCUCGCCUUUUCCUUAUUCAAUCAAGAAACUGAUUCGGCUGUUCAACAA